CCCUCACGACUCCCAAGACUGCCUGCUAGCGAAUGCAGAAUAUCAGGAAGUCAAACAUGUAAACCGUUCCAGCGAAGCAAGGGACCAAGAACCGAGACCCAGCCUUGACAUACCGUGGGAAUCCCUCCCAACACCCACGAAUAACCACCAGUAUAUCAAACGUGAUAAGCAACCUACAGCAGAACACUCACACGAGACAGAACGCCCUCUGAACAAGCUUCCGACAUUUUGGCAGCAAUACUCAAGAAAGCCUGAUAUACACUACCAAAACCACUCGGAUAAACAACAAAACAAGAAAGAAACCUGCACCGCCAAAGCCUUCCCCAGCGACCUGCCCUCCCAGACACAAACAAACUACAUGGAACACUCAUCAGAUACGCCCAGACAAGAAGAAUACCAAUUAGGUAGAACAAACCGAACAAAGGUUAAAUACCGACACGCGACUGACCCCCUCACGGGGCCCAUCGAUAAUCAAUCGAAAGAAGGAGCACUACCACUACAUUACAAUAGAAUAUGGCACCCUCCAAAACUCGUUGAGAGCCAAUGCAAAUCUACGCCGCGGACACUACACCUGGGACGAAGCACAGCUCUUAUACAAACAAAAAUGACACCCCCAAGCUUUGCUAGUGCCUCACUUAACAAUACUCGCUGCUAUGGCCAAAGCCUAUGCCUGCGGUCCCUACACUCGGCGUCCGCCCAGCGGAUCGCCAGCGCAAGCCAACACUGCGAACCAUUUAGCGCCUACAAGACCUCAAACACCUCACAACGCCUAUCCGCGCUUCCAAUGCAAUCAAUAGGGACGCAUGGCAUCACGCAAGCGAGCUGCGCCGCGCCACCCGACACGCCGGGCAAGCAGCACCCCCUGCGUGUCGCCUUCGACGUGCUGCAGCUCGAGGCAUGGUACAGGCUGGCCAGUGCGCGCGCGCCCUGCAUCACCACAAAGGCUGGGCCCGCCGUGGCCGCGGCAAUGGACACCGAUGACGAGGAGGGAGCCGCCUAAAUCUACCUAGCGACACCUGCGACGCCAUACGCACGGGACCUGGACCCCUCCGGCUGGGCUCACCCAAAGGAGGACUGCACACUCGCGUGGAUGGCGCCGGGAAGCUGGGCCAGCAAAACACCGGUACGACGCCAAGGGCCUUGGAAGCUAUGAACAGCAUAUUGCGGGAAAACACCACUACGCCCUGCUGUGAGCUAGAUAGCAACCACAGGACGACAGGGUGUGCUCAUAGUACGGAAGGAGAUGAUAGAGCCGAUGGAUGGGGGCCGAGGAGCUCUACAACCCACACGGCUGCCAGCAACAAGGACAAUGCGGAGCAAACCCGCUGCCGGAAAGAGAGAGAGCAGAGGAUGUGGUAUGAGACUGCCGAUAGAUCUGAGCGGUGCACGCACAGUGCGGCUACAAUUUUCAGCAACAUGGGCGUAGACGCCGAUGGGUAUCGCUCGCCUGAGAGCCUCGAACUGCAGAGAGAUAGCUUUUCUAAAUGUAUCGGAUUUAAUGCCUGCUGGCGCCAACUGCAGGACAAGAUGGAGGAUGCUAUGGGCCCUAGGAUAGCAGCGAGCAAUAUAGGUGAGGACAUAAGUAGUGGGAGCUAUGCGCACGCGGAGAGUAGCAAGACCGCCGACGCAGCGGUCACCUAUGGUAAAGUGGCAAGAGACGAAGAACUCAACGCGGGGAACGACGGACUCCCGGAGCGAGACAACGCGGCGCACGCCGAACAAGCAAACUGCAACACAUUUGCCUG